CUUUCUCAGGCUCUGAUAGCCCUCGUUAUUACUUGGAUUUUAUGGCGAGCAAUCCGCUCGCGCCUCGUAUUUGCGAGCCUUCGCAAGCUGCGCGGCCCGCGAUCUAGCUCCUUCGUGACAGGGAACCUUAAGCAAUGGUUCAGCCGCGAAGGGGACGGCUUUCAGAAACAUGUUGCGCUAGAAUACGGUUCUGUGGUCAAGAUACACGGAAUGAUGGGACGACCAAUCCUUUAUGUAUCGGACCCAAAGGCCCUACAUGCCAUACUAAUCAAGGAAGAGCCGAUCUACCAAGAAAGCAGAGCCUUCAUUGAUUCUUUACUCCAGCCUCCGCUACUCAAAUUGGAUCUAGGGCAAUAUCACGCGAAACAACGAAAGCUACUCAACCCAGUGUUCUCGAUAACUCAUAUGCGUCGCAUGCUCCCGAUCUUCUACAAUGUCGUAUACAAGCUACGAGAUGCCAUGCGAACGACCAUUGAAGGCGGCAAAUCUGAAAUGGACGUCCUCGGAUGGACAGUACGCGUUGCACUCGAACUGAUCGGUCAAGGCGGUCUUGGGUAUUCUUUUGAUCCUCUCGUCGAGGACAAGCGUGACCCAUUUGCGGACGCUAUCAAAGCCUUCAAUCCGAAGAUGGUGGACCUAGCAGUACUGCGCCGUUUUAUUCCAUACCUGAGGAUCCUCGGACCCGCCUGGUUUAGACGCAUACUUGUGGAUCUUCUUCCGAGGACGUGGAUCAUACGGCAAGUCGUCGACCUCGUCGACACGAUCAACAGUCGGUCGGAGCAGAUAUACGAAGCGAAGAAGGCUGUGCUGCGACAAGGAGACGAGGUAGUCAGUAAGCAGCUCGCCGAGGGGAAGGACAUAAUGAGCAUUCUGAUGCGAGCUAACAUGGCGGCCAAUGAGAGCGAACGGCUUCCAGAGGAAGAAGUUCUUGCACAGAUAACCACCUUCACAUUUGCCGCGCUGGAGACCACAUCUUCAACGCUCGCCCGUAUUUUACACUUGCUCUCGAUCAACAAAGAUGUCCAGCAGAAGUUGCGCGAAGAACUUAUCGAAGCCCGUGCAGCCGAGGGGAUUCCUUACGAUGAGCUCGACGGUCUUCCGUUGUUGGAUAGCGUUUGUCGGGAGACUUUACGGCUCUAUCCACCCGCUACGAACAUCGUUCGAGUCGCCCAGAAGGACAAUGUUAUCCCGCUGUCUCAGCCGAUCACCACAUCAGACGGGCAGACACUGAACGAGCUGUUUGUGCCGCAGGGUACGGAGAUACUUAUCGGCACGUAUGCGUCGAACGUAAGACAGGACCUAUGGGGCCCGGAUGCCUCGAGUGGAAACCGCAGCGAUGGUCACAACUUCCGUCCGCUGUUACGGACGCACGUCUACCAGGUGUUUACUCCAACCUCACGUUACAGGUUACUUUCUUGGCCGGAAAGAGAGCAUGCAUCGGCUUCAAGUUCUCCGAGAUGGAAAUGAAGGUCGUUGGCUGUGUUACUGGCACACUUCAUUUCGACUUGAGCGACAAACCCAUCGCCUGGAACGUUGCUGCAGUGCGCUAUCCCACGGCGGGAAGAGAGCACUAAACCCGAGAUGUCUCUGAAGGUGGGCAUCUAUCGACCCGCGUAGGUGUUGAAGGUA